AUGCUCGCGACCAUUGCGCAGAGCACGCUGAUAUGCGGCGUUUCCUACGUCCUCUGGAAGUACUUCCGCCAGGUGUUCGUCAGGUCCCCCCUCGACAACGUACCGGGACCUGCUCCUGAGUCGUUCAAGCUUGGCAACCUCGGGCAGCUCGUUAAUCCCAAUGGCUGGGACUUCCUGGAGUACCUGACGGAGUCAUACCCGGGUAUUGCUAAGUUGGCAGGACCCCUCGGGCAUCGUAUGCUUUACGUUUUCGACCCAACCGCUCUGCACGCUAUUGUCGUAAAGGAUCAAUACGUCUUUGAGGAGACACAAUGGUUCAUCAAGGGAAACAACUUGCACUUCGGCACGGGUCUUCUUUCUACUCUUGGCGAUAAGCACCGGAAACAACGCAAGAUGCUGAACCCUGUGUUCUCUAUCGCGCACAUGCGCCAUAUGAUUCCAAUCUUUAACGAGGUCACACACAGGCUUGUGAUUGCCAUUGAACGCCGCGUUGACCCCAAGGCCGGCUCGUCCGAGAUCGACCUUCUCCAAUGGAUGGGCCGCACGGCCCUUGAGCUCAUCGGUCAAGCCGGCCUCGGCUAUUCCUUCGACCCCCUCGUGGCCGACAAAUCCGACGCCUUCGCUGACGCCAUCAAAAACUUUCAGCCGACGCUCAUGCGGCUCGCGAUCAUUCGGCGCGUCAUCCCCCUCCUUCCUGGUUUCUACAGUUUGAGCCUGGAGUGGCAGCGCCGGCUGAUGGCGUUGGUACCACACGCGGGUGUGCACAAGCUCUCAAAUAUCGUUGAUACGCUGCGUCGGCGUUCGAUCGAUAUCUUCGAGGAGAAGAAGGCGGCACUCGAGCGCGGAGAUGAAGCCGUGACGCGUCAGAUCGGCGAAGGCAAGGAUAUCAUCAGCAUCCUGCUCCGCGCGAACAUGGGCGCACACGAGAAUGACAGGCUGCCUGAGGAGGAGCUCAUAGGGCAGAUGUCGACGCUCGUCCUCGCCGCGAUGGACACCACCUCCACCGCGCUCUCCAUCACUUUCACUCUACUCGCCAAACACCAGGACAUCCAGGAGAAGCUGCGCGCCGAGAUCCUCGAGGCGCUCGGCGACCGCGAGGACUUCAACUACGACGAACUCCACAAUCUGCCCUACCUCGAUGCCGUCUGCCGCGAGACCCUGCGCCUCUUCCCCCCGGUCUCGAACCUCUUCCGCGAGACGCGCGAGGACGCGGUCCUGCCGCUCUCGCAGCCGCUCCGCAUGCGCGACGGAACCGAGGCGCGCGAGAUCGCGGUCCCGAAGGACACGUCGGUGUGCAUCGCGAUCCGCUCCGCGAACCGCAACAAGGCGAUCUGGGGCGAGGAUGCGCUCGAGUGGAAGCCCGAGCGCUGGCUCGCGCCGCUCCCCGAGACCGUCCAGGACGCGCGCGUGCCGGGCGUGUACUCGAACCUGAUGACGUUCCUCGGCGGCGGGCGGGCGUGCAUCGGUUUCAAGUUCUCCCAACUCGAGAUGAAGGUCGUGAUGUGCCUGCUCCUGGCCAAAUUCACUUUCGCACCAUCGGAAAAGCCGGUCGCCUGGAACCUCUCUGGGGUGACCUUCCCCACUGUUGGAGAUAGCGCUAAGCCAUCGCUGCCGAUCAACAUCAGCCUGUACAAACCUCGCACGUAA